AUGAAAACUACUAAUAUUCUAUUUUGUAUAUUCGUGUUCUCAUCAACUACUACCUGUGUACUUCGAAAACCAAACAUAGUGUUGAUUAUAGCUGAUGAUUUGGGAUGGAAUGAUGUCAGUCUUCAUGGAUCCGAUCAAAUCCCAACACCUAAUAUAGACCUAUUGGCUUUAUCCGGUGUCACUCUUGGUCGAUACUACAGCCACGCCAUAUGUACACCUUCACGGUCUGCUUUACUCACAGGAAAAUAUUCACAUAAGAUUGGUAUGCAGGGGUACCCAAUAUUGAUGAGCGAAGACAGAGGUAUUCCGAUCAGUGAAAAAUUACUACCUCAAUAUUUCAAAGAUGCAGGAUAUGCGACUCAUUUAGUUGGUAAGUGGCAUGUUGGUGCAUCACGAACCGAAUACUUACCUACUUCGAGAGGAUUCGACAGCCACUUUGGCCACCGAGGAGGUUUUAUGGACUAUUAUGAGUACACUAUUGAAGAAACUUACAGCCCCGUCGGUACAGUUUCUGGUCUACCUUUGUUCAGAAAUUUAACUCCUGCGUGGGAUGUCGAAGGUUACAUCACUGACGUAUAUACCAGUCAUGCAACAUCUAUUAUUGAGAAGCACGAUAAGACAUUUCCUUUAUUUCUCGUCGUGAGUCACAAUGCGGCCCAUGCCAGCAACGAGGCUUCGAUAUUACAGGCACCACCCAAAGAUGUUAGAAAAAUGAGACAUGUUGCUAUGACGUCCCGACGUAUAUUUGCAGCUGUGGUCAAGAAACUUGAUGACAGUGUCGGGGAAAUAAUAGAGGCUCUUUACCACAAAGGAAUUUUAGAAAACACCAUAAUUGUGUUUAUAUCUGAUAAUGGAGGCAUGACCACGGGAGAAUAUCAUAAUUAUGCUUCAAAUUAUCCAUUGCGAGGUCUUAAAACCACUCCUUUCGAGGGUGGGGUGAGAGUAAUUGGACUGGUGUGGAGUACCAGUUUAAACAACUCAGAUCAUUAUUGGGACGGUUACAUGCAUGUGUCAGACUGGAUGCCAACGUUGUUAACUGCUGCAAAUAUCGAUGUUCCCUCAGACCUUGAUGGCAUUAAUCACUGGGAAAGCAUUACUUCAAAUACACCAUCCAAACGGAAAACAAUGUACGAAAUUGAUGAUUACACAGGAUACGCAUCGAUUAUAUUUGGAGACUACAAAUUAGUGACUGGCAAUGUUAUAGAACGUUAUAGUAAUUACCAGGGCUCUGAUUUGCGAGAAAUGAUCGGCAAAGCGCCAUCGUAUACUGAUGCUAUAUUGGGCAGUACCGUGUACAACAUUUUAAAGUUACUUGGAAGACCAUUUUCUAUUACUGACUUGCAUUUAAGAAAUAAAACAGUAAUUGAAUGUAACUCAACCCCUAUUAAUAUCUGUUUCCCUGCUGAUGGUACCGUAUGUUUAUACGACAUCAAAAAAGAUCCCUGUGAAACAACAGACCUAUCUAAAGCUUAUCCAGAAUUGAUGAGAAUGAUUAAAGUAUUAUUAGACACGGAAGUUGCUAGAAUGAUACCUAGGACAUUACCUGUGUUCAGAGAUCCUUUGGCUGCGCCGUACCUAGCGAACUACACGUGGACUACUUGGGUGUCUGACUUAAAGUCCUAUUAA